AUGGGGUCUGACAGUGGUGACUCUAGCUACGAGGGGUCUUCCAAUAGUGAUUGGAACGAAACUGAAAUAGCGGUUGCAUUAACUGCAAUUGCAGCCUCUGUCAAUGUUAUGGGAGCUGCUGAAUACUAUCUUCGUUAUUGUAUGAAAUCAUUGCCUCGAGAGUGUGAAAUAUAUAAAAAUAGAUUUAUUAAUGGAAUCAUAAAGAAGAGCGACGUAGACUGUCUUGAACAGCUACGAAUGGGCCGUGAUAAGUUUUUCGAGUUGUGUUCUUUGUUAAGAGAUAAAAAUUUGCUGUCUGAUACAAGAAGAUGCAGUUUAGAGGAACACGUCGUCAUGUUCUUGCAUACUGUAGGCCACAAUGUUCGAAACCGUGUUAUUGAAAAUCGGUUUUCACGUUCUGGAGAAACCGUGAGUCGACAAUUCAAUAGAGUUUUUGAUGCAGUAAUUGGACUCUAUCCGAAAUAUGUCAAGUUCCCCAGGUUACAUACCCCGAAAGAGAUAUCUGAUAAUCUAAUGUGGAGCCCAUAUUUUCAGGACUGCAUUGGGGCACUCGAUGGCACCCACAUAGCGGCAUAUUUGCCCAAGGAAAAUGUAAUGGCUGCCUGUACAUUCGACAUGAAAUUCGUAUAUGUGCUAACGGGUUGGGAUGGGUCUGCCUCUGACGCUUGUGUCUUGCAAAAUGCUUUAACUCGUCGACCUGAUUGUUUUCUUGUGCUUCAAGGAAAAUAUUACAUUGUCGAUGCCGGAUAUGCCCAUACUCCUGGAUUUAUGAGCUCAAACAAGAUGGAGAAAGAUAAGAAACAAGCUGCCACCCUCUCAAAAUGUACAUCCUCUCCCAAGAAGAGUGUGGCAUCACCAAGCAGUAUCUUCGGUACACCGGCCAAAAGAAGCUUGUCAACGAUACAAACAGCUCCAUCCCUAGUCAGUCUGAAUACCCGCACUGUAAGGAGUAGACAAAGUAAUAAAUCAGUGCACAUUCAAUGGAGCGAACCGAUGGAUAAUGCAUUGGUAGAUGCAUUAGUAAACCAGAUAACAUUGGGUCGAAAAAGUGACAUGGGCUUUAAACCAGAAGCCUAUAGGGCUACCAUCAUUGAAAUGUUCAAUAGAUAUGGUGUAGAGUUAGAGAAUAAACAUAUCUCUAACCAUCUCCGUACAUUGAAGAGAUUUUACUGGGUAGUAAAGGAUAUGGUGGAAGCAACUGGUUUUGGCAGAGAUGUCGACCAGAAAAUGGUGAUUGUUGCGGAUGAUGUCUGGACCGUCUACAUUGAGGUAUAA